AUGGCGCCAAGAGAGAACGAACCGGCCGACCCUCUGGCCCAGGGGAUUAUUCCCACUGCCAAGCAAUCCCUCCGCGACUUGUUUAUUUGGCGACAGCGUGUAGUUCUUUCCAAUGAGUACGGAGAGACACGUUGUGAAUGGAGGGACCCAGACCGCUUCGUGAACCCCAUCAGCCUUUUCGCUCAACUAUCAGCAAAGAACUGGCUCUUCUUUCUGGUGGGAUUUUUCUCUUGGACGGCCGAUGCAUUUGAUUUUCACGCACUGUCGAUCCAGACCAAGAAGUUAGCAGACUACUAUGGCCGGUCCAAGACCGACAUUACCACUGCUAUCACACUGACGCUGCUGCUUCGAUCCGUUGGUGCAGCUUUCUUCGGUCUCGCAGGUGAUAAAUGGGGUCGCAAGUGGCCCAUGGUUGUCAACAUGAUUGUUCUUGGUCUUCUUCAAAUCGCGACCAUUUACAGUCGCACAUUUUCGCAAUUUCUGGCCGUUCGAAGUUUGUUUGGUUUGUUUAUGGGUGGUGUUUAUGGCAACGCCAUUGCCAUGGCUCUUGAGCAAUGCCCAUCUAACGCUCGUGGCUUGAUGUCGGGUAUUUUGCAGCAGGGCUAUUCGUUUGGCUACGUCUUGGCUGCGUGCGCCAACCUUGGCGUUGGUGGGGGCACCGACACUUGGAAGACUGUCUUCUGGGCGGCCGCUGGAUUUUCCAUCGGCGUCGGACUCAUCCGUAUUCUGUUUCCCGAGUCGCAACAAUUCUUGGAAGCCAAGCAGAAUGGCAAGAAGACUGCCAGUCCAGGAGCUUUCUGGCGCGAUACUAGUAAAAUGCUCAAGCAAGAGUGGAAGAUGUGUGUAUACUGCAUCAUUCUCAUGACGUGGUUCAACUACUAUUCCCACACUUCGCAAGACUCGUACACCACUUUCAUGCUUACCCAGAAAGAGCUGGAUAAUGCUGGCGCUUCUCGAGCCUCCAUUCUGAUGAAGGCAGGUGCCUGCGUUGGCGGUACGAUUAUUGGGUAUCUGUCGCAGUUCUUCGGUCGACGUCGCACCAUCAUUGUCGCCGCUUUGGUAUCUGCGGUUUUGAUCCCGGCCUGGAUUUUGCCUGCUGGUGAACGUUCGCUCAGCGCGUCCGGGUUCUUCAUGCAGUUCUUCGUGCAGGGCGCUUGGGGUGUCAUUCCUAUUCACCUGAACGAGCUUUCUCCUGUUGCUUUCCGAUCCACUUUCCCUGGCGUUACGUACCAGAUCGGCAACAUGAUCUCGUCACCGUCUGCACAGAUUGUGAAUGCCCUCUCCGAAAAGAUAUUUGUGACUAAGCCCAACGGCCACCGAGUCGAGGCUUAUGGGCCAGUGAUGGGCGUUGCGACUGCCAUUAUCGCUCUUGGUAUUGUGUUCACGACCAUGUUGGGCCCCGAGCGCCGUGGACGAGACUUUGAGAACAAGGUCGCUGGUAUGGAUAGCGAGGUGUCAUCUACCAAGGUCUUGGAGCACGAGGAUGAGGAGAAGGGUAGAGUAGAGCUUGAUGAGAAGAAAUAA